CAAUAUAUGGCCAUUCAACAGUUGUUGACCUUUUCAUCAGUGCAGUAGACCAAUGGGUAUUUUGAACUAGUUGCAUGAUGAUCGGUAUGGGGCUACUGUUUUUCCUUGGGCCUUCGAACAGUAAAUAUAGAAGUGAAGGGCUGGGUAAACGGCGACUGGAACGCGAUACCUAUCGGCUGCAAUUUGCGCGCAAGCCAGGGCACAAUACCAAAACUGCGAAGGGCGAUAGUUUUUUUAGCCUUCGUGUCCUUCUAACCCACAGGCAAGCUUGUUUUCGAUUCUUUCUAUGUCAACUGCAAUAAAAGGGAAAUGUUCAAC